UAUACUCAUAUUAAAACUGCAAGGAGUUGGAAUUUUGAAAAGUUUAACUAUGAGGCGACAGCAGAAGUUCAAAGUCCUGCUCGGUGUUUUCUGGUGUCUCCGGCUUGUUUCUCCCUCAGGUGCUGAUCAGAGCCGCAGCUGCUGUAAAAACGGAGGAACCUGCAUCCUGGGCAGUUUCUGCGCCUGCCCUCCGUUCUUCACCGGGAGGAGUUGCGAGUACGACACCAGAAUCAGACGAUGUGACGUUGUUCCUCACGGCGAGUGGGUCCAGAAAGGCUGCUCCUACUGCCGCUGUUUCUACGGCGUCUUGCAUUGCUUCCCUCACGUUUUCCAUGAAGACUGUGAUGACUCGGAUGAGGAGGUUCGUUGGUAUCUUUCAUCGGCGGUCAGGUUGACUCCGCUCAGCUGUUUCCUGUCUCUGCUGAUGCUACUUCCUGUGCUGCUCGUCUUCUGACGYUCAUAAGAUUUUAUUCUCUAAUCGGCUCCAAAACGACGUGAAUAAUAAACUUGAUGAUGCUGCAGUAUUUAUUUUAAUGAGGAAAAAACCAACUCCUGAUUUGCUUUUAUGUAACUAACUGGAGAGAGAAGAGUUCUUCCAAAAUAAAUCCUGUUUGCCUGAAAGA